ACGUUUUCUUUCCCCCAACAUCUGACUGAAAGCAGCAGAGCAAACAGCGGCUACUUAAACUCGCAGCAGUUUCGGCAUUAGUAAAUUGUAGAUGUUGUUAAUUAUCACAGAAUUGCUGAAAUAAAAUAACAGAAGCCGAGUGUGUGGCAUCAAAUACUCAUUGUUGCGAACAACGCGCAUACCAACUAACUAACUGAAUACGACACAGUGACUUGUUAAAAUGUUGCAGCAAAAGUUGCAACUAGGCUUCGGCGGUGUGCUGCUGAUGCUGUUGUGCAUCAUGGCAUUCCAGCCGCACACAACUUUUGUCCAGUCGGCAGCUGUGAUGAGCGUGGAUCUGGGUACCGAAUGGUUUAAAGUGGGCGUCGUAUCGCCCGGCGUCCCAAUGGAAAUCGCUUUGAAUCGUGAAUCGAAACGCAAAACGCCGGCAAUCAUUGCAUUCCGUGAUGGCGUUCGGACCAUUGGCGAGGAUGCUCAAACGAUUGGUAUUCGUGACCCGACGGCAGCUUAUGGUUAUCUGCUCGAUCUGCUGGGCAAGACCAUUGACAAUCCCAUUGUUGAUCUAUACAGAAAACGUUUUCCCUACUACACGAUUGUGGGUGACAAGGAGCGCAACACGGUUGUGUUCAAGAAGGGCGACACCGAGGAGUUCAGCGUGGAGGAGUUGAUCGCCCAACUGCUGGCCAAGGCCAAGGAAUACGCUCAGGAAUCGACCGAACAGCAGAUAACCGAAUGCGUCCUCACCGUACCCGGCUACUUUGGCCAGGCGGAACGUGAAGCGCUUCUCGUCGCCGCUCAGCUGGCGAACCUGAAGGUGCUGCAGCUAAUCAAUGACUACGCUGCCGUCGCACUCAACUAUGGGGUCUUUCAUCGCGGCGAGAUCAAUGAGACGGCUCAGUAUUUCCUGUUCUACGACAUGGGUGCCUACAAAACGUCAGCGGCCGUUGUCAGUUAUCAGGUGGUGAAGGAUAAACAGACCAAGGAAACGAAUCCGGUGGUGCAAGUGCUGGGCGUUGGCUACGAUCGCACUCUUGGUGGCCUAGAGAUUCAGUUACGUUUGCGCGACUAUUUGGCCAGCGAGUUUAAUGCGCUGAAGAAGACUAAGACCGAUGUGACAACGAGUCCGCGAGCCCUGGCCAAACUAUUCAAGGAGGCGGGACGCCUUAAGAACGUGCUGUCGGCCAACAACGAUCAUUAUGCACAGAUCGAGAAUCUGCUCGAGGAUCAUGACUUUAAGCUGCCGGUUUCACGCGAGAAACUCGAAGAGUUGUGCGCCGAUCUGUGGCCACGCACCACAAAACCCCUGGAGGAUGCUUUGGCCUCCUCGAAUCUGUCAUUGGAUGUGAUCAAUCAGGUGAUUCUGUUCGGCGGCGGCACACGUGUGCCACGUGUUCAGGAGACCAUCAAGGCGCUGAUCAAACAGGAGCUGGGCAAGAAUCUGAAUGCCGAUGAGUCCGCCACAAUGGGUGCCGUUUACAAGGCAGCCGAUCUCUCCAGUGGCUUCAAGGUGCAAAAGUUUAUCGUUAAGGAUGCGGUUGUCUUCCCCCUGCAAGUGGCCUUUGAGCGUGAUCCCGGAGAUGGAGGUGCCGUUAAGCAUGUGAAGCGUGUGCUUUUCGCUCAAAUGAAUCCCUAUCCCCAGAAGAAGGUCAUCACCUUCAACAAGCAUACGGAUGACUUUGAAUUCUAUGUGAACUAUGGCGAUCUGGAACGUUACAGUGCCGCCGAAGUGGCCGCGCUUGGCAGCCUGAAUGUGACGCGUGUGCAGCUGCAGCAGGUGAAGGAGCUGUUGGAGAAGUCCAAGAAGGACAUUGUCGACAACAAGGGCAUCAAGGCGUACUUCUACCUGGACGAAUCGGGCAUCUUCCGUUGCACGGGCGUUGAGUAUGUCUACGACAAGCAGAAGCUGGACGAGGAACUCGACGAGGACAGCACGCUGGCCAAGUUGGGCAGCACCAUCAGCAAACUGUUCACCAAGGAGGCCGAGAAGACUGCCGAUGGCGAAACCCAGCAAGGCGAACAGCCAACCGCUGAGGAGGAGGCCCCCAACAGCGAGGAGUCUGCAAAGCCCAAGAAGUCCGAUGAGGAGGCCGCGACAGGCAGCAAAACAGAGGAGCCAUCGACGACGACAGCGGAGGCCAAAAAUGAGACAGUUAAACUGGUGACGAUUAAGACGCCGGUGGUGCAUACAUCAGAGCUCAAGUUUACAGCUCCAUUGAGCGGUGCCGGUUACGACAGUUCGCUGGCCAAGCUGCUGGCCAUCAACAAGGUGGAGGAGCAACGCAUACGUCUCGAGUCCGCAUUCAAUGCCCUCGAAUCCCAUAUUGGUGAAGUGCAACAGAAGCUCGAAGAGGCUCCAUAUGCCGACUGCGCCACCGCCGAGGAGAAGGAGAAAUUGUUGGCCGAGUGCAGCAAACUGGCGGAUUGGCUAUACGAGGAUGUGGAGAAUCCCAAGCCGGAGCUCUACGAGAAUAAGCUGGCCAAACUGCAGAAGCUGUCGAAUGUGUUCUUGGCCCGCCACUGGGAGCAUGAGGAGCGACCGGAUGCCAUCAAGGCGCUGAAGGGCAUGAUUGAGGGUGCCGAGAAGUUUAUGACUUCGGCCCGCAAUCUCACCAAGGAAACGAAUCCCGACAAGGAUGUCUACACGCAAGUGGAGAUUGAUACAUUGAACAAGGUGAUUGAUGAAACGAACGCGUGGCUGAAAACCGAGGUGGCUGCCCAAAAGAAGCUAAGUCGCAGUGACGAUGUCCGUUUGACCGUCAAGGAUAUCACCGAUAAGAUGUCGGUCCUGGAUCGUGAGGUCAAGUAUCUGAUGAAUAAGAUCAAGAACUGGAAGCCUAAGGCCAAACCCGAAAUCAAGAAACCCAAGGAGACAACAACAACGGCGGGCGGCGAUGAAGCUGAGGCGUCUUCUGGCAGCGGAAAUGGCAGCAAUGCUGAGGAGGAGCGAACGGAGGAAGCAGCGACGUCGGAGAAUGCUGAGCAGGCUGAGGCGCCCAACACGGCGGAGGAGGCAACAGUAGCCGAGGAGGAUGAGAAGAAGGAGGAGCAGGAGAAGGAGACAGUGACUGCCACGCCUACGGUGGAUGCAAAUACGCCACACAGUGAACUUUAAAUGCAUGACAAAAACACUUCAGCACAUCAUUGGCAACAGAUCGAAAGAGGGAAAGAGAGAGAGAUAUAGAGAUAGAUGAAGAGGAAGAGCGUAGGAGAGCUAGAAGGAACACAGUCACACACAUACACUUUGCACAUGUUUACAGUCAGUGGGCAGGGACAUAAUUUGAUUGUGGAGCACGCUUGCAUUUGGGCAUCGAUGUGCCAUCGAUCACACUCGAUGACUUCUUUUUUUCUACAACCAGGGGAGGGGGAGCGGGGUUUGACAAUCGAUAGCGGAAGGUGGACUGAUAGGCCGAUCACAGAGGGGGUACGGGCGGGGAUGCCCAUUGCUUGACGUGCCCAACAAACAAAGACAAAAAAAGAAAACAAAACUUAAGCGAUUCUAGCAUUUUUUUUUUUGUAAAUUAUUUUGUUCAAACUAGCUAAUGGCGAGGCAUUCAAUUAUGCUACAUAUAAAUCGUAAAAAAAAAUAUUGUAAUGAAAACACAAAACGAAAACAUAACAUUUAAUAUUCAAGUUUCAUUCCGUUGUGCUUUAAGUUCUUCGAUUUAAUAUGCCUGGAUAUAUUAUCUAAAUAAACUUAAAUAAAAUACAAAGACUUGAAGUACUCCCCACCCCUUCCUAAUCAAACAAAUAGUACAUACAUAAAUAUAGGACACUUAUUUUAUGUGACCCUCCCCCACACCACCACCAACAACAAAUUCCCUUUGAAUAGCCAAUCAGCAUUACAGAAUGUAAAACACAAUACAAAAACAAAAAACAUUAUAAUUGUAUCA